GUGUAGUUUCUGAAUGCUUUUGGUUUUACGGGAAUGUUGCAUUUAUGUAAAACUAUGUAUGGCACUAAUUACACUUUCAAGAUAAUUAUGCAAUACAAUGUAACGCUGUGGAAAACAAUUUUUUUUUCAGACUCUAGCACAAAUAUACUAAAUGUCUUGCUAAUAUCCAUUUUUUGUACCAUAGCGAUUUUCGAAGUUUAUAUACCCGACUAUUUAAUGUUAAUACUCUUCUGAUAAUGAUAUUAUUAUUUCUGAGAAAUAAGUUCUAUGACACGUAGUGCGUCUAAGCGUGUGAUGCUGGCCUUACACUUAGUCACCCUGUUUCCUUCCCGCCGCCGAGAAGCUCUGGAUGGUGUCAUGGUGAUAUGAUCCACUUCAAACCUCAGUCCACUUGUGAUUUUCGUUUCCUCAAAAUACCAUCUCACGGAUUUUAACUCACUUCACUGAAUACUCUUAGGUGUCUCAAAGAACAGACAACCAUGACCGCAGAAGCCCAGGCAUUCUGGUUGCAGUGGGUUGAGGACGCCUUCCCUGAACUCGACUCUCGCGCCUACUUCCUGCCUCCUGUCUACUUCAACCGCGUGCCAAUGACUAGACACCCGACUGCUGGUCAGAACAUUUUUGUUUUUCAGUCAGCAAUUGGACAAGCUGGUCAAAUCAACCGCCAUAAGGUGAAUCCAUCCGCUUCCGGUCGUCCAUCAAUUCCUCAGCUUCCUCUAAUUCAUGACAGUGACAUCAGAGACGAUGCAGCCAUGCAGCGGGUGCUGGUUUGUGUACAGAAAAUGGCGGAACAGAACGGAGAAGUUUUAGUCGGAAUGACCCAGCUUCAGUUCGGACAGUACCUGGGGGAACCUUGUUACGCUGCUGCGGCUGCACAGCUACCCCUACCCGCCAACUUACCACCUGCUCUACCACGGAACUGGAAACGUGGAGACUUUGAUGUGCUUCUGAUUCACCGACAGUACGGACUGGUAGUGUGUGAGGUCAAGGCUUGUGGUGACAAUGUUAAGGCCCUCAACAUGUCACAGGAAGUUACGAAUGAAACUAUCAGAAAGAAAGUAAAACAGGCCGUUACACAGCUGGACAAGGCAGAGGCCAUGUUGUCACACCUUGUGUCCGACAUCGCUUCCGGUCUGCGAAUCACCAGAACCUUUGCAUUUCCGAACCUCACAGCUCAUCAGCUGCAGCAAGCUGUCAGUGGCGACACCCACCUGACUCAGGCCCUGUGUCGGUGUCUGGGAACAGCAGAUCCUGCCGACAUCACUGAUCUGUGUCUCUUCUCUGAUCACCUGUCUGACUCCAAGACACCUUGGGACGUUAGCAGUCACGUGCUGAUGGAACUCGGGAACUGGUGGCAGCGCCGUGUGGCUGGGGAUGGGGCUGACAUUCUAAUGACCAGUGCCUUGUACAGAACAUUAGUAGCCAGGUUCUGUGGUCCGGCGACAUCAGUGACUGUUCCAUGCACAAGUCCACCCCGUCUCAGUCUCAAGACUCUACACCAGGCCGUGUCGUUGACGGGUGAGUGCUACAGUACACUAAUAACACUCUUCCCGGAACAAGUUGACCUGCUCAACACGGGUCCUCCCAGACUGUUUCUGUCCGGACCACCGGGCACCGGCAAAAGUGUGCUGCUGCUGCUGAAGGGGAGACAAUGGCUGAGAUGUGGCCACGUGGUCAUGAUUGUGAGUACAGGCAGGUGGAGUCGUGCAGUAUGCUGCAUGCUGUAUCAUCUGCUGAAGACAGAGGAGGUGACACCUGGUCAGCUUUGGCUCUUGCAGUAUGAUUUUACACGUGAGGACGAUGUGUUGCAGGCUGUGAGUGACUUGUUACAGGCAGUUAAAGAAGGAUCAUUGUACAUCAUCGCUGAUGAAGCUGGCUAUAAGGGAAGCUCAGAGAAAGUCUUCCCUGCCGUCUUCGAAGCGAAGCUGGGACAGGUCCCUCGUCUCCAUCUUUGGGCAGCAAAUUGUUAUCAUAAAAAUAUUCCCCCCGGCUGGCAAGUGGAAUACUUGACCAGACCUCUCCGCUUUCCGCCGGCUGUCGUCAGGGAGGUGGAGCAGGACAACGAAAUCACCGGGGACCGCACUGUCCACGAGUACAGUGAGCGGGGUGUGCCCGACCACACAGACGGCCCGCCAGUCAAGCGACUGUAUCACGAAGGUGAUGGUCACUCAGGUGAAUCGCCAAACGAAUGUGUCGCUUGUGGUCGUGAGGUGGGCAGCUUUCUACACAGUCUGUGUAUUGGUGUUCCUGUGAAGGCCCAGACAUCAUCCACGACCGUCAUUCCAAACGGCGGCGAUGCAACCCCACCCGGCUUGCAGUGGAGAGAUGUGCUGGUGUUGUCGCUUGACGACCCUUCUGCCUACUCGGGUAUGGUGACGGGGCUGAUAUCAGCGGGUAUUCCAGUUCAGGUGAUGACGGAUGAUGACACGGAAGACGUGGCCAUGGCCCGCAGUGACGUAGUGUGGGCGGCGGGUGGAGAUCGUGUUCGUGGUCUUGAGAGAAAAGUCGUUGUGUGUUUACAGACUGGUGGUGGGUCUGUCCGACUUCUCAAUAUGUCCCGGUGUACGUCACAGCUUGUGAUUGUCUUCCCUAACGGCACUAGUUCUGCUGUCUGCACACGUUGAUUUUUCAGGACAGUAGUGAUGACGGUGAAAGAGACAAAAUUGUACUCAUGUAACAUGAACAUCCUAGGAAGAUAAUGACAUCGUACUCAGCUUUGCUUCAUUACCUCUGUAAUAUCACAGCGUAGAUAUGAUGCAGGAUUCAUAUAUUACAGCGUCAAAGACUUUAAAAAGGUUUUUGACAGAGUCUGGCAAGAGGGGCAGAUCACGUGAUGCAAAACUUCAACAUGAACAAAUCCCUCUUCAAUGUUGGUUCCGCAUCACAUGAUAUAGCCUCUCGUGCUAGACUAUCAAAAAAGUUAUCGAAGUUAUUGAACAAGUUAUGGAAGCGCCGUAUAAUAGAUGAAAGAUAGCAGAAUUGCUGGCUAAGCAAAUGGAGCUUUCUGUCACUCGACAGUAGGCGUCCAUCACGGAUGUUCCCUACUAAUAGUGUCGUACAUCUUUUAUGGAGUAUAUCACGUGUGAAACCCUCCACAGCCAUCAGCCAUAACAUCAGGGUUACUACUUAGUACAAGCUGUACGAGCCCUUUGUAUUGAAAUAACCGGAUGUUCUUACUUAUACUAAGAGGAGAAUUCCGGCAUUCAGAAGCAAGCGUCGGAGGAGGCUGCUCGAGGUCUCACACAAGGAACAUAAAACCAAUGACUUUUCAUGAGCUUUGACUGUGUACGAAUUAUGGUCACUACCCUCGCAGGACACCAGGAACUUCUAUUUGAAACAGUCUAUCAGUGUAAGCUGGUCUGCUUCUGGUCGUGACCUGGAAUGACAUUCUGUCGGACUGUCCUGCAAAGUGCCUUGGAGGGUGGUCGACUGAGUUAGCUAGAGGAAAAACUGAAUAAAGAACAUAAAGGAAGGGACUGGUCGUCCUGUGCAGGAUCUGCUCAUUAUCGACAGUUGUACACUGUACUCUUCUGCUGCCUUGUAAAACUGCGUGUAAAAAUAAAUAACAAUGUAAAUACCUCAAAGCCAAAA